AGAAUUUUUUUCAUUAUAUGGAUUAUUAAAAGGACAUGAUAUGGGAUUCUGUACAAGACGACAUUUUUUGUUGUCAAUAUGCACUUUGCAAUUGUUACUUACCAUCCAACGGCAGGUAUUCGAUUUCCUCGGAUACAUGUGGGCGCCGAUACUGACAAACUUUUUUCACAUCCUCUUCGUCAUUUUCGGAUUCUUUGGAGCUUAUCAAUAUAGGAUUAAAUAUUUAUUAAGUUACUCAAUAUGGAAUGUCAUCUGGUUAGGAUGGAACAUUUUUGUGAUCUGUUUUUACUUAAAUGUAGGAGUGCUGGACAGGGACACCUCAGGCAUUCUCAACUUGGGCACUGGCAGUGUCUCGUGGUUUGAAGCCAAUGGAUACGGCUGUAAGCCAUCGUAUUCGACAAAUCACACGGAACCGGAUCCGUUCAAGCCGCCAAGACCCGAACAACCUGUGCCGGGAUGCCUCUUAGACUAUACCAUUGUUGAAAUUAUUCAAGCGGGACAGCAGUGCUUGUUAGCAAUAUUAGGAGUAAUAGGAGCAAUUUGCAUCGGAAGCAUAUUCAUGGAUGAGGACGACAGCUCGGGCAACUUGAAGAAAUCCAAAUACCGGCAGUCAUUGUAUUCCGUGGAAUUCGGACCUCCAGUUGACACAAUCCGGAGUCGUAGUCGCGAUGCUCUCAACAAUGCCCCGGAAACGUUAAGUCCCAAGCCAAUGACGCCGCGUCGUAUCAAGCGUCGCAGUGUCAUGAAUCGCGGAACAACAAAUCGCACCAGCACCCAAUCCCGUCGAUCGCAUCAUUCACGCAGCAGUCAUCGCAGUAGUCGUCGAAAAGUGCAUCAAAGUCCCGUCACGAAGCUCCUCGAGCAACAACAGGGCGGCGCAUCAACCUCAGCUGCUGGCAAAAAUCUUCCAUCCUUCUCGCGAGGCGCUGCGGGAACAAGUACGAGCACUUCGCAUCUCACCGAAUCGAAUCUCAAGUCAUUGAACAACGAUUACGGGCCAGUUCCGGGUACAAGUCGCACCGCUUCUGACAUUGUGCGUCACAGUCCCGAUCCAAUUUACUACAAUAUGACGCAUAAUGUGAGUUCCCCAUUGCCGCAAGACACAAGUUGGAGCCCAAGUCCGCCGCCGGGUCAUUAUUCGACAGCAACGACACUUUCCAAUCAAGGCGGGCACUCAAAUCCGACGUAUCAGCAUUCAACGCCCAAUUUGUCGCACAGUCCCGAGCCCAUGGAUGAACCAUAUUCCAAUCGCCCGCCUUCCGUGCGAAGUAGUUAUUCGAAUUUUCAUGGCGCGCGUCCCCUAAGUUCGUAUAAUCCGCAAACGGGCACCAAAGAAAACGUUUUUCUCGGAUUAACGCAGCACCAGCAGCAACAACAAGUCGUUCAAAAUCCACAACCGCCGCCAGUUGUGCAUGCAAAACCCGAAACACACCCGAUUCAAGCGACGCAUAAACACGAACCUUUCCGUCCUACGAAACCAGCUGCUAUUCCGCCGCCAACGCAUCCAAAGCCCUAUGCCCAUGUGCAACCGCAAGCGCAAAUGCCGCCGCCACAAAGCCCGUCGCCGUACCAACAUUUGCCGCAGCUGCCACAAAAAUCCCGGAUGGCAAUGGCGAGUUCGCGUGAAAGCAUGAGUUCGAUUGCGUUCAUCAAUAGCGGACCUCCAGCUUAUAAUUUGAACUAUCACACGCCGCCAGAUUCGGAAACGACCAUGUAACGACUGAAAAUGUAUAAAAAAAUAAUAAAAUUAACAAAUUUGACAUAGAAUUAAGAUAAAAAAGUGUAAAUAAAAUUGUUACAAGAUCUCACUUUUGAAGAAAUCUCACGUUAAUAACGAACGAAAUUAGGUUUAA